AUGGCAUGUAUAGAUAUUUUUAGUCGAGAAUGUGCAUCUAGGAAGACAUCCAUUAUGCAGGGAAUGCAUCACACCCUGCGGUGGCCUGGCAUACGAUCCCUUGGGCCUGGGGCUCCUGCUGCGGAAUACUUUCCCUUCCAUGGCAUGCGCUUCACUGUCCCAUCGAUGGGCGACCGGCCGGGUCUCCAUAACGUCUCUGCAGGAUCCCAUGACAGACAACAUGGGCUCAGCACGUUUGAUAUCUCACUGGCGUUACAGUAUGGUCAGGGAAGAGGUUCAGCGCAGCUGAUAGAGUUUAUAUCGGAGCAUGUAAAGCUCUCCCAUGACCCACCGUACAAAGACUGGUCCUGCGUUCUAACAGCGGGGAACACAUCGGCGCUUGACAUAGCACUCCGCAUGUUUGGGGAACCGGGUAAUCAUAUCCUGAUCGAAGAGUACGCAUAUCCUGUAAUUUUCGAAGCUGGGACACCUCUCAGCUAUCACUUCGUCAGCGUCAAAAUGGAUUCACUUGGCCUGCUUCCGCGGGAGUUAGACACGAUUCUAUCGGAAUGGGAUGAGGGAGCGCGAGGUAGCACAAAGCCUCACCUGCUUUACGUGGUCUCAACGGGUCAAAACCCGACCGGGGCAACUACUACUCUGGAUCGCAAACUAGACAUCUAUCGAGUCAUGCAGAAACACAAUAUCUAUAUACUUGAAGAUGAUCCUUAUUACUUCAUUCAAAUGUCGCAAUAUACUAGAUUAGGUGAUAGAAUGGCUCUCACCGAGGCUCGCCGUCGUCCGUCCCCGGCCUCGAUUGAAGAGUUCAUCGAAGGCCUUGUUCCCAACUAUUUGCAUAUCGAUGUCGAUGGGCGGGUCUUCCGAAUGCAUUCAUUCUCGAAGAUCAUAGCUCCAGGUGCGAGGAUGGGGUGGCUCACUGCUUCCAGGCAGGUAACGGAGAGAGUCGUCCGCAUCCAUGAAACCUCCGUCCAGAAUCCCAGUGGAUUCUCACAGCUCGCUUUGUUCAAACUUCUACAUGAUGACUGGGGUAGUAUCGGCUUCAUGAAAUGGCUCUGGCAUCUACAAUCCGAAUACACAAGGAGACGCAACGCUCUACUCGACGCAAUAGAGCUCCACCUCCCAAAGGCGAUUGUUACUUAUGUCGCACCAACGUCCGGCUUCUUUGUGUGGAUUUCACUUGAUUGGCGAAAGCAUCCCGAUGCUAUGGCCAAAUCGGCCCGAGUAAUCGAGCAAGAGCUGUACGACGGCGCUAUCGAAUGCGGAACCUUGGUUGUUCCUGGUAGGUGGUUUAUUGUGGAGGAGAGCCGGGACAGCAUGCAAGAGGUUCAUUUUCGCUUGACCUUUGCUGCUGUCCCCGUUGAUGUGAUCGAGGAGGCUAUUGAAUGUCUGGCGUUGGCGAUUAAAAGGGCUUUUGGGUUUGUUGCCGUGGCCUAG